AUGGCGCGGCCCGCGGAGAUUUUCCCGCCACUUUUGGACCGUUUGAACGCGCCGCACCCGUCGGUGCAGCGAUUCACUGUAGACGUCAUCUUCGCGCGAUUCGCAGCGCCGAGCACGGCGCCGCAGACCUGCGCGCCUGCGCGCGAGGCGCUGACGGCGUGCCUGACGCAUGCCACGUCAGCCGUGGUGGACCAAUCCGUAACGGCGCUGUGCGGGCUCGUCCAAUCAGGGCACUGCAAUGCGGAUGAAGCGCUGGCGCAUCUGCUGGCGGCGCUGCCAGCAGUGCGGGGGGAGGUGGUGGGGAGUGUGUGCGCGGGGGUGGUGGGGAUGUACGUGGCGUGUGUCAGGGAUGACGUGGCGUGUGCCAGGGGUGACGUGGCGCCUGCAAAGGGUGACGCGGAUGCGCGGGAGGGGCGGAAAAUGCAGCAGAAGGGCGGGAUUGAGUUUGAAGGGGAGAAGGAGGGGAGGGGAGAGCAACGAGCGGAGGUGCAGUGGCGCUGGACAGGAGGCACCCACCCCUUCACACGUGUAAGCAUGUUGCCAGUGAGACAAUGA